AUAUGACAUGUCCAAAUCGAGAACAAGACCGGGUUUUUGUUGGUGUGUUUUCAGUGGUCUUCAUAUUUGGCCUAACCCUCAACCUGACCGCACUUGUGGUUUUUCUCCGUAACUCUAAAUCCCGUUCUCACACCACCGUGUACAUGAUUCACCUGGCCUUUGCUGAUAUUCUUCUGGUUUGUACACUUCCUGUGCGGAUCUAUUUCCACAGUGUGUUGCCACAGGGUCUGCCUCAGGAUAUCUGUGAAAUUACCGGUCUCAUAAUGUUAAGUAACAUGUACAGCAGCAUCUUCCUCCUCAUGUGCAUUAGCUUUGACCGUUGCAUAGCAGUCUGCUUCCCGCUGUCUUCCCAUGUCCGUGAGGGCCGCAAGAAAGCAUGGUGCGUGUGUCUGGGAAUCUGGAUCCUAACUAUCGCAACAAGCUUACCGAUCUACUUCAGAAAGAAGAAAGAGUACAACAUCACAUGUUUUGGUGGUUUUCCUUCCUAUGCAACUGAAAAAGCUCCUCUUGUUUCCACUCUUAUUAUGGGGUUUGGGAUCCCACUAAUCAUUAUGAUCCUCAGCUCAUGGGGGCUCAUCCGGGCUAUAAGCAAAAGCACGGCUGUCCAGACCAGCGACCUGGUAGACAGCGUAAGGAUUAAAAGGAUGAUAAUAACAAACUUGGCCAUCUUUCUGUUCUGUUUUCUGCCAUAUCAUAUUAUGCUCUUGAUACUUUAUGCCAGUGAAUGUUCGUGCCCACUGUUAACGGCCUACAGGUACAGCCUCAUGGUAGCUUGCCUGAAUGCAAUGCUGGACCCUGUGGCGUACUACUUCACAACGGAGACGUUUCGAAGAAAAAUGGACGUUGAAGCUGUACGCAAAAUAUGGCAAAUGAACAGUCACAGCUCGGAUGGAAACACUCGCUCACGUGCCCCACUCACAACAUAAGAACAUGGGUCUACUCAACUAUAAAGAUCAUAAUAAGUGUUAAUGUAGGCUAGGUCUCUCUCGCUUACACUGACGCAGUUAGCAUGAUCGUUCAUAUAU